UUGCAGGGUUUUAAAUUUCAUAAUCAAACUUUAGUUGUACAAUUUAAUGUAAAUUUUUUUUAAAUAUUUUCUCUCCCACUUGCUUUACUCCACAAAUCUCACACUUUCACAAUUCACAGGUCACUGCCACGACUCUCUCUCUCUUCACUUUCUCUCUGUAGAGCCGAGCACCAGCAGAAGCAGAGAGGGGCCGAGAUGGGCUCUGUUUCUCUGAAAAUUGGGGAUGGCACAGCCAGAUUCAGAAGAGCUUCACUGUGUUCUUCAGCGGUGAAUGUUCUUAUGCUUUUCUCUGUUAUCACCACCAAUCUUUUCGCUCUCUACGCCUUCACAUCGUCUCCAAAGGAUCAAGCCCACCCAACUCAGCAUACCCACAAGAACAUCUCUUUCAUUUCCGAGCAAGUCUCGCUGAUUAUCAGAGAGAUCGAGUCUUCGCAAAAGAAACUGGCGCAGAUGGAGAAGGAGCUUCUUGGGUACGAGAGCAUCGAUCUUUCCAGGCCCAAUACUGCGAGCGAGCUUAAGCUGUUUCUGCAACGCCAUCAGCUUCCUCUCGGGAAAGAUUCCAAGACUGGAAUCACGGAAAUGGUGGCCUCUGUGGGGCAUUCCUGUGAUAAAUCUGUAGAUUUGUUGUCUCAGUACAUGACUUACAAGGUUUCUGGUGCUUGCCCUGAUGAUUGGAGCCUUGCCCAGAGGCUGAUUUUGCGGGGAUGCGAGCCACUGCCACGGAGGAGAUGCUUUGCUAAGUCUGUCCCUAAGGUGGGUCUAUACUCUUUUCCCAUUUCGCUUUGGAAACCGGUUAGUGAUAAGAUUGUGAGUUGGAGUGGUCUUGGCUGCAAAAAUUUUGAGUGCUUGAAUAAUAAAAAAUUAGGGAAAGACUGUGUUGGUUGUUUUGAUUUGGCUAAUGGGUAUGAGAAUCAGAGGUUUGUUAAGGCCAGGGGAAAGAACGAUUUUCUCAUAGAUGAUGUGUUGGCUCUGGGUAGUGGAGGAACCAGAACAGGCUUUGAUAUUGGAGGUGGGUCUGGGACCUUCGCUGCUAGAAUGGCAGAAAGAAAUGUGACGGUGAUCACUGCUACUUUAAAUGUUGAUGCCCCCAUUAGCGAAUUCGUAUCAGCAAGAGGGCUUUUUCCUGUGUAUUUGAGUUUAGAUCAUAGGUUCCCCUUCUAUGACAAUGUGUUCGAUAUAGUUCACGCAGCCAGUGGAUUAGAUGUUGGGGGCCGCCCAGAGAAAUUGGAGUUCUUAAUGUUUGAUAUCGAUAGGAUUUUAAGGGCUGGUGGCUUGUUUUGGUUGGAUAACUUCUACUGUGCCAACGAGGAGAAGAAAAAGGCUUUAACGCGGUUGAUCGAAAGAUUUGGGUACAGAAAACUGAAAUGGGUAGUUGGGGAGAAGCCAGAUGCAGCUGGGCCAGGAAAAUCUGAGGUUUAUUUGUCAGGUGUUCUACAGAAGCCUGUAAGAGUAUGAUUAUAAACAGCUUUGGUGAGAAUACUGUUGCCACUUCUAGCUUUGUUUACACACAAUUUCAGAGCAGGAAUAAGUGAAAUGCAUUGGCUGUUUCUUUACCGAACUGCAAAAUGGCAGCGGAUGGUAUCUGUUCUGCAAUUUAGGUUUUUUUUUUCUUGGUGAAUUUGGGGAUGUUACCUCACAGAACGAUAAGAACAUAGUGUAUUCUUGAAUUGAUUAAGUAUUUGAUAUUUGUAAGUUCUAGCA